GUGUGAAUCAUGGACUCUGUGUGUAGAAGAAGGUGGUACCUUCAAUUGGGCUGUAUAUUGAUAGUGAAUUUGGUUUAUGCCAAUCCAGAAUAUCAGAAAGAACCUCCUGGAAGCCUGGGUGAGAUUGACCAUCACUGCUGGGAGAUCUCCUCUCACAGGCUGGUGGAAAUGAAGAAACUCAAGGUAGCAGAUGCUAUCAUUGCUCUCUGGGAUUUCAUGAUGUUCCUAAAAGAAUCACCAAAGGCCAAACAUAAUGAACUCUUCAAUGACUUAGCCCAGAACUUCUGGGAUAUGUAUGUAGACUGUGUGCUUUCAAGGUCCCAUGGAAUGGGUAGAAGACAGUUACUAUCUCCCAACUAUUUUUCCACAUACCCACAGAGAACCUCACAAGGGUCAGACUUCUCAAAACAUCAGUUUUAGGCCAAAAUGGGAGAAAAAUGAAGAUACCUCAGCAAGAUGACAUCAAACUGAAGGAAAAGAGCCUGCUUGUCAAAAGCACAGCCUGUACUGUAAUUGUUUAUGAGCAUUGUUCCUUUGAUGGGUUUUGAAAUUUUGUUUUAUGUUGUAUGAGCACAUGAUAAUUGAUAAGUACUUCAGGUGUGUGUUACCAACAUGUUCCCCUUUCUUUAAAUGUACCAAGGUUGCCUCCCCCCCCCCCGCUGCACGUGUGAAUGCUUUAUGUAUUUUGAGUCAAUAUCUGUGUUCUCUCAGGUAAACCUGUUUAAACUAGUGUUAUAUUUUUGUAGACAUUCAUCUUUCAAAUAAUUCUUUUUUAAAAUGUUAACUGCAAUGGAAACCCAAUAUAUUUUUAUACAUUAAACAACAGAGUGAAAUGGCAACAAGCAUAUUUUAUACAGUAUCUUGCAUAUGAAAUGGAUUUCAGUUUUAAGAUCUGCAAAAAAGUACCAAUA